AUGAGGAUAGAAUUGACAUGGGAGGAGAAGAUUUCAUGGCUGGAGAAAAAUUUCAGCGCUGCGGUUCGCAUUCCUGUUAACUGCGGGUCGUUUCAUCGUCUGGACAAAGCAGGUCCAUCCUCAGCAGCAAAAAUUCCAAAAGUUGUGAGCGGAAAGUUUGUAGAUCAGCGAGGCUCGUCAAGAUCGGAGCUUUGUGCGGGGCCAUACAAAAGCUACUCUAUUAUUACUAAUAUUAUUAUCAGGAAGAUCUCCAGAAUUUUAUUGCUUAUCAAGGAAGAUUUGCGAACUUUUUCCCGCACCCCGAAGGUGAUGAGCGAAGAGCAAACUUCUCAGCCUUUGACUGGGGGAAAAAGUGGAGAGGUCAGAGCCAGUCUCAUAGUUGCAAAGGUUCCAUAUGGCAACGUGCUGUGCCGUAUUCGUUUGACUAAUGCCGACCCCGAUCCGACUGUGUUGGCUGUAAUAUAUAUAUUUGUAAAUAACCAUAUUAACAAUGAUCACAUUAACAAUGACCGUAUUAACAACGACCACAUUAACAAUAAUAACAUUAACAACGACCUCAUUAACAACGACCACAUUAACAAUGAUCACAUUAACAACGACCACAUUAACAACGACCACAUUAACAACGACCACAUUAACAACGACCACAUUAACAACGACCACAUUAACAACGACCACAUUAACAACGACCACAUUAACAACGACCACAUUAACAACGACCACAUUAACAACGACCACAUUAACAACGACCACAUUAACAAAGACCACAUUAACAAAGACCACAUUAACAAAGACCACAUUAACAACGACCACAUUAACAACGACCACAUUAACAACGACCACAUUAACAACGACCACAUUAACAACGACCACAUUAACAAUGAUCAUAACGUCCUUCAGAGCAACGCGAACAUAUAA